AUGGGUGAACUACAUGGGGAAAAAUCAAGUAGGAGUGGGCCUGCUAUCUCUCAUUUAUUGUUUGCAGAUGAUAGCUUACUUUUUGCUAGGGCGACUCGACGGGAAUGCGAAGUGAUAGUUGAUAUACUCAACAAAUAUGAAGUAGCAUCUGGUCAGAACAUUAAUUUUGAAAAGUCGAAAGUGUCGUUCAGCAGAGGGGUAAGUUUGGAGCAACAAGAUGAGUUGGUGGAUUUCCUUCGUAUGCGCACGGUUGAUCACCAUUGCAAAUAUUUGGGAAUUCCCACGAUAGCCAGGAGAUCAAAGAAAGCAAUCUUUAGAGCACUUUUAGACAGGAUAUGGAAGAAAUUGCAAGGUUGGAAGGAAAGGUUACUCUCGAGAGCUGGGAAAGAGGUACACCUUAAAGCGGUAAUACAGGCUAUUCCCACUUACUUGAUGGGCGUAUAUAAAUUCCCAACUUCAUUUUUUCAGAGUAUUCGAUCGGCUAUGGCCAAUUUCUUUUGGGGUCAUACCGGUUCGGAAAGGAAAAUUCAUUGGAAGUCUUGGGAUGCUAUGAGCACACCUAAAUGUCUUGGGGGUAUGGGUUUCAAGGAUUUAGAGGUCUUUAAUGUGCCUCUACUUGGUAGACAGGCUUGGAGACUCAUUCAUAAUGGAAGCUCCCUUUUCGGUCGUGUGAUGAAAGCAAAGUAUUUUCCUAAUAGCUCUUUUCUUGACUCUUAUUUGGGAGUUGCGGGGAGCUACUCUUGGAGGAGUAUUUGGAGCUCUAAGGCUCUCGUGAAGGAAGGGUUGAUUUGGCGUAUAGGCAAUGGCACAAUGGUGAAUAUAUGGAAAGACCCGUGGGUGGCGGAUGGAGAUGGACGGUUUGUCACAAGUGGGGAGGUGGCAGGUGUGACUAAUGUAUGUGAUCUGGUAUAUUUUUCGAGAAUGGAGUGGAAUGCAGAGAUCAUUUCCGCUGUAUUUAAUGAGAGAGACAAGAAGUGUAUCCUUUCGAUCCUAUUGAGUGAGAAAGCCUCAAGGGACACCAUUACCUGGGCUUUUUCCAACGAUGGCCUAUACUCGAUUAAAACGUCAUAUAUGCUGGGUAAAGGGUGCGACUUCGACCAGUUUCACAAAGCAUGGGUAGAAAUUUGGGGAUUGGAAGCUUCUCCGAAGUUGAGAGAUGGGGGCAAGAUCCAGCAGCGAGCUGCGAUUUUGGCGUGGGUGAUUUGGAGGGAAAGGAAUGAGAAGUUUUUUGCUGAUACUACUACUCCUAAUGAGGUACUGCUUGCGAGAUUUCACAGGGAAGUAGAGGACUUUGGUUUAUAUAAUAAGAAGGUUUAUGCAAUCACAGCUAGCAAACCAAAGUCAAGCAGUAAUAAAUGGUGCGCACCCCCAUCUGGAUUUGUUAAGCUUAACUCUGAUGCAACCUUGAGUGAUGAAGGAUGGGUUGGAAUGGGCGUGGUGGCUCGCGAUCAUGAAGGCAAUGUGUUGUUUGCUGCUUCUCGCCGAGUUAGAGCAUGGUGGUCACAAGAAAUAGCGGAAGGGAAAGCGCUCCUCUUGGCUGUCAAGUUAGCAAGGAAGCACGGGUUUGAGCGUGUAAUUCUAGAGUCAGAUAGUCAGCUUCUCAUUAAUCGCCUUAAGAAGACCUCGGUGUAUCUCUCUGAUUUCGAUGGUGUCCUUAAUGAUAUUCUGUCUUUAUGUAGUGUUUUUACUUCUUUAUCUUGCUCUCAUGUGAAAAGGGAUGGCAAUUUUGUCGCUCAUCACCUUGCUAAGCUAAUGUCGUUUGGGGUUGAACAAGUUUGGGUUAAUCAUUGUCCUGCAAUGAUUUCACCUUAUGUACUCUCGGACACUUAG